AUGAGCUCGUCCAAAUCAUUGCCUAGCAGUUUUAAACAGAAUAAAAGACCUAUUUUCUAUAACAAUAGUACGAUAUCCCGAGUGACAAUCGAAGGUGGUAGCCAUAGCAGCAGUAACAGCAGUGAUCAGAUUCAAACCGCUUACAAAGACAUCUAUUCCUCUUCAUUCUCCUCCUCCAAUGUCAAGAUAUCGUCUCCUCUUACAAAGCCAGCUUGGUUCCAGCAUGAGGGAGAUGUCACUGUCCAUACCAACAGUAGUGGCACGACAAGCGAUAAGAGCUGGAUGACCCGUCGUUGGUCGACUGUAUCUGGGUCCUUGAUUGCUCGUAGAAAGAACAAGAAAACGACCGCAUCUCGCUUAUGGACCAGUCGACAAAAACGACGUACAUUUCCUCCUUCUACUGACAUAUUAAAACGAGAACGAAAGAAGUUUGCACUACCACCUGCUGUACCACCUAUCAACAAGAAGCAUCAUCGCCAAAGCCUACAAGAUAUUUUGACCACGUUUUACAAUGUAGCCAACAGCGGCAGUGGCGGCGGAUUGGGUGGUGGCAUGGAUGGCAAUGAGUCAGCGUCGACACCUACCACCACAAGCUCGUCAUCCAUGUCAAAAAGACUAGGCAGGAUUUUGAAAAAAAGGGGUAAACAGCCGUACAAUAACAAGCACAAGAAGAAGCCAAUGCUCACCAUCAACACCCAUACAAAAUACACUGAGGAUGAAUUGAAAGCAGCCAUGAUGUCCAUGUUCCAACCGCCAGCGACUAUUUCGAGCAAAUCAUCCACACCUUCCUCUCCUCUACGAUUUCCAACGCCACCCAAGCGAUUCUCGGCUUAUUAUAUCGAUAGCCAAGGUAAAUCUGGCAAGGUGGAUUACAAACACAAGAUGACAUUAUCGCACCAUGUCCUGCAAUUCAUACAGCAUGGCAUUUUUUCACCACAUGCGCCACCAUCUGAUCCAUUACCACCGCCGUCUAGCCUGGAAAAGGGAUACUACAAGGCGUACAAUAGACAGCUCUUGCUGAACACGAGCUUGUUUUUCUUUGGGUUCAUCUUCUUUCCUUGCUGGUGGGUAGGUGCAUGGCUGUAUUACAAGAGGCAACGAUCUGGUUCAAUGACAACAGAUGGCAUGGCGGAAGAUGUCUUUUAUGAGCAUGAUUUGUUUUCGAUUCGCACCAUCGUCUACUUGAAUACUGUAUUCAGUUGUCUCAGUUUUGUACUUGUAGCUGUUGUUGUAGCACUGGUGAUUUGGCUGGUAAAAUCAUAG